AUGGCGGAUGAGGGAAGUGAGUUAGCGAAGGAGAAGGUAAUCCAUUAGGGGUCGGUUGAAGUACAAUGAUUCGCAUCACUUCACCUGAUUUAGAUUGUGCACAGUCAGGGCAAGCUGCGGUACGGUUUGUGCAAGUUCUACAUCCGAAUGUUCUAAUCUGUUAUUGUAUAAAGUGUGUGCUCUGUGACUGUGCUGAAUGGCACACAGGCAGGCAGUGAAUAAUGCCCAGAGUGAUAGAAUGCCCAUCAUAUGUUCAAUCAGACUGCACCAUAAAUAAAACAUUGCAUACAGUAUAUGUCACCUGUGUGUUAAAGGGACAUUCCAAGAACCAUAACCAAUACAGCCCUCUAUAGUGCUGCUCUACCACUGUAAUUUCAUUUUUAAAUACAGUUGCACAGCUCACUGGCUGCCAGCUGUGACAUCUUAAUUCUCCUUGAAGGAGAAUCCGAUUAGCUCCUCUGAGCUAGAUAGGUCUGUGCAGGAUUGCACUCAUUGGAUGAGAGCGUCAUGGAUCGGUCAUGCUUUAUGCCAUAUGAAGGCAUCUGGCUUCUUCUGCAGGAGGGAAAUCCUGGCACCAUAACAACUACCGCCCUUCUCCGGUCCACUCAGAGCCAGAGAUAAGCCCUGCACCACCACACUCACUUGCUCAAAGGAGAUGGUGCAUUGGAUCUCUAUCCAAUGCACAAUUCCCCCCCCCUCCCUUUCCCCUUUCCCAGCUCAGAGUGCAAAUGGUCCAAUCAAAGGCUUCUUUCUCUAUGAGAACUGUUUGGAUCUCUACAGAGCUCCCAUGAAUUCUUCGCAGCACUGGGAGAAUUUAUUCAUCCAUGAAAUAAUGUUAAAGGGACACUGUAGGCACCCAGACCACUUCAGCUCAUUGAAGUGGUCUGGGUGCUGUGUCCCUUUUGAACUUUGUUGACAUUGCAGCUCUAAGUCUACCAGACAGCCACUAGAAGGCUUCCUGAAUCGAAACAGACCUUUAGUCCAGUAUCUGACGCUGGACGUCCUCACGCUCUGCAUCAGGACCUUCAGCGUCAUUUUUCCCAAUUGGAAAGCAUUGAUUAAUGCUUUUCUUUGGGGAAAAUCCUAACGUGAGUGCGGCCAUUGCCGCACAUGCGGAUUAGGUCUCCCCUGCCACCUUUGGCAGUGGAGGAGCAUGGGUGGAGCCUGACCCAGUCCCGAGGGACAUUGGUGCAGGCUUCAGGUAAGGGAGCAGAGGCACGAGGGAAUGGCUUUGUUUUCCUGGCACUAUAGAUUCCCUUUAAGUCUGGAUCAAGCAUACUAGCAUAUCUUUGAAAUUCCCAUGCGGAAUAAAAAUUGCACUCAGCUGAUGCAUUGAUUGUAAGAGUUUAUCGGCAUUGUCAUCCAAAUAUGGCUGAAAUCAAUGCUGCUAAUGCUGAAAUAGAGAUUUCACUUUUGCAAUAUCAGCACCUGGAGGCUGGGUCCCAGGUGCUUUGAGCUUUGGUUAAACUGGAAAUGUUUUGAUCCAGAAACAGGGAGAGGCAUCUGCUGCCUAAUGGAAUCAUAACUAUUACACUGUAUUGUACCUGGUGCUUAGACAACCCUUUUUAGAGGGCAUAGGCUUUAUUUUCCUAUAUAAACUGAAAAACAUUAAGAUAUUUAUCAAUUAUGAAGAUUAAACAUAAGGAUUGCAGUAGGUAGGGGUCUUUUAGAGACUACUAAACAAUAAAUUGUAUUGUAAAUUAAAAUCCAAAUGGCUAAAUGUAGGCAAAAAUAGCUGGUCUGAAAUUAUCUUUCAAUUUAACUAUAAUCACAGUUUCACUAUUUUAGUUUCCAUUUUUGCAAGGAAUUGAUUUGCUACAAAUCAGAGUUUAGUGAAUAGCCCUGCUAUUCUUCCUCCAUUUAAUAACAAGUCCUAAUCUUUUCUUCCUAGUCCUUUAAAUUAUUGGGAAUUCUUGAUGUUCGAAACACACCAUGUGUCCGAGAAUCCAUACUUUUUGGAUCUGUUGGCUCUUUGGUUAUCGGAGUUGGACACUUUCUGGCAACAA